AGACCCCGCCCCCACCAUGAGCGCCGCUGAGUUGGCCCUUCCAUCAGCGCCGCCGCCCCUCCCGGGACUGCUAGGGUUGAGGUCGCCAUGCCAUCUUCCCUCCGCCGGCAGCAGGUCCGGCUACUCCGGCGGCAAGGUGUCCCCUCCUUGUUUGCAACAACAACUGCAUGCAGGUCUUGGUUCCCUCCCUCCCCCAAUUGUAUCUUCAGGGAGUCGAGAAGAAACAACAACAGAGACUGGUCGGAAUAGAGUGUGGCCCGGUUGCUUCUUGGUAUCAUUACUAGCAAGUGUCAUGUCACUUUUACCCAUGCUCUUUACAAACAGAAGUACCCCUCAAACGAGCUCCGGAUACCAAAGACAAGUGGGGCAGGGUGUAUUGUAGUGCCACCGAGCGGGUGGUCAAUGAUUUUUGGGGCUACUUUACUUGCGCCGAGGGUAUGAAGGAUGAAGCUAAUGAAGUUGUGGAGGCGACUGCCAAGAAGAUUGUCCAAGGCAUGCCCUAUGAGGCGCGCGUUGAUGCUGUGGUGAAGUAUUUCGCGCAGGAACGCAAAAUGCUUCUCAAAAAGUCUCUAGCCCGGAGAGUGCAUCUCACCCAUUCCAUGCGGUUCCCUCGUGGUGCAACAACAAUGUUCCUUGCUACCAGCAAAUCAUAUCCAAAUGGAUAGACCCGGAGUGGAGGGCUCAACAUCGAAUGGCUUUGGAGCGGCGUGCCUUGAUGGGUGGUCCGAUACACCUUCAAGGCAACCUCAACCUCCACGCUUACGUGCAGAAGAAGAAUAAGGAGAGAUGUCAGGGCCAAGAGAAGCUCAAUACCUUCACGGGAUUAUGUCUCUCCUGCCAGUCAAAGAAACCGGAAGGGGGGUGGGUCAUCCCAGGCGUUGGCUUGAGGAUUGAUGCAUACAGUGGGAAGUUCAAGGAGCACAAUGGGCCUGACUCUGAUCCGGCCUCACAGGACAUUGACACUACAAUUUCCCUCCAGUCGGGAGAUGGCAAGAAGGGUGGUCGGUUAUAUGUUGGCGACGGUGCCAUCUGUAAGAAGGACAUCCCAAAACUCUCUCACCUCCGUGCUACCACGUCGAGCUCAGGUCCUUCUAUAGAGCAUCGCCCACAGCCUGGGCUGCACAUGCUCCAUCAACUCGAGGCCAAUGCCAGGCUUCGAGAGGAGCAAGCCAUGAAAAUGCAGCAGGCCAUGUUUCAACAGCAAGAAUUCAUGGUUAAACAACAGGCAAUCCUGCAGGAGACAUUUGCUCAACUCAGAAAUAAUAUGCAGGGUUCCACUUUGCCCGUUCUUCCUCCUCUUCCGACUCUUCCUAAUUUCAACUUUGUGGAUCUUCACCUGGCCAAGCAAGUCCAGUUGACACCCACUACGGUUCAUGUCGCUUCGACCUCCCCGCAACAAUGAUCACUUGAGGUUUGCAUUGUGGAUGGCGUUGAUGGUGGGCAUAUAUGCUGUGGUGGAGCUCAUUGCAUGGUUCAUGCUUGGUGUGAACUUGGAACUCAUGAUCCUUUAAUUUGUGAACCUCUGGAUGCAGAUGUAUGUAUGUUGUUGUGAACCUUCGUUGGAUAUGUAUGCACUGUGUGGACCUGAAACUUACGGUCUUUUCGUUUGUGAUCUUUUGUUGCAUCGUAUGCCAUAUGUGGACUUUGCACUCAUGUACGGCUGGAUAUAUGUAUUACUGGAUAUAUGUUUGUUGGUCAUGGUCAUGUACUGCUGGAUAUAUAUAUUUGUUGGA